UUUUCCCAAAGCUCUCAAGGAAAAAGGCCGAGAGCCUGAAAUCAUGCCUUGUUCCGACUCUAGUCGCGGACUAACUUCUAAGCAAAUACCAAUAAUCUGUGCUACUGUCCUUUUAUUGGGCACCAGCACGUUAUUUUUUAUAUUUGUAUGUCCUUAUCUCACUCGCCAAUACUCCAUACUUAUACCUGUUUACGAGGGGCUCCUCACAUUCUUCGUGCUAGCAAAUUUCGCCCAUGCUACGUUCAGAGACCCUGGAAUAGUUCCUAGAGUUCCAUACACACCAGAACAAGACGACUUUAAAGUUCCACUUUACAAAAAUGUAGAUAUUAAUGGGAUCACGGUGCGCAUGAAAUGGUGUGACACGUGCAAGUUCUACCGCCCUCCCCGCUGCUCACACUGUAGCAUAUGCAAUAACUGUAUAGAGAUGUUUGAUCACCACUGUCCUUGGGUGGAUAAUUGCAUAGGACGGAGGAAUUAUCGUUACUUCUUUUUAUUUGUGUCGUCACUCUCUGUUGACAUCGUCUCAGUGUUUGCCUUAGCACUAGUUCAUGUCUUGGAUAAUAAAGGAAAUAUGGGGUCUCCAGAAGUUAUUAUAUCUAUUAUUGUUAUGUGUGUAUGUGCACUCACGUCUGUCCCUGUUUUUGGGCUGUCUGUUUUCCAUAUUGGCCUUGUGAGCAUGGGGAGAACUACUAAUGAACAGGUACAUAUUACACCCCAAGGAUCCAGGUACAUGUUACACCCCAAGGAUCCAGGUACAUGUUACACCCCAAGGACCCAGGUACAUAUUACACCCCAAGGAUCCAGGAACAUAUUACACCCCAAGGAUCCAGGUACAUACCACACCCCAAGGAUCCAGGUACAUGUUACACCCCAAGGAUCCAGGUACAUACCACACCCCAAGGAUCCAGGUACAUAUUACACCCCAAGGAUCCAGGUACAUGUUACACCCCAAGGAUCCAGGUACAUACCACACCCCAAGGAUCCAGGUACAUGUUACACCCCAAGGAUCCAGGUACAUGUUACACCCCAAGGACCCAGGUACAUGUUACACCCCAAGGACCCAGGUACAUAUUACACCCCAAGGAUCCAGGAACAUAUUACACCCCAAGGAUCCAGGUACAUAUCACACCCCAAGGAUCCAGGUACAUGUUACACCCCAAGGAUCCAGGUACAUACCACACCCCAAGGAUCCAGGUACAUGUUACACCCCAAGGAUCCAGGUACAUACCACACCCCAAGAAACCAGGUACAUGUUACACCCCAAGGAUCCAGGUACAUGUUACACCCCAAGGAUCCAGGUACAUGUUACACCCCAAGGACCCAGGUACAUAUUACACCCCAAGGAUCCAGGAACAUAUUACACCCCAAGGAUCCAGGUACAUACCACACCCCAAGGAUCCAGGUACAUGUUACACCCCAAGGAUCCAGGUACAUACCACACCCCAAGGAUCCAGGUACAUAUUACACCCCAAGGAUCCAGGUACAUGUUACACCCCAAGGAUCCAGGUACAUACCACACCCCAAGGAUCCAGGUACAUGUUACACCCCAAGGAUCCAGGUACAUGUUACACCCCAAGGAUCCAGGUACAUGUUACACCCCAAGGACCCAGGUACAUGUUACACCCGAAGGAUCCAGGUACAUAUUACACCCCAAGGACCCAGGUACAUACCACACCCCAAGGAUCCAGGUACAUACCACACCCCAAGGAUCCAGGUACAUACCACACCCCAAGGAUCCAGGUACAUGUUACACCCCAAGGACCCAGGUACAUAUUACACCCCAAGGAUCCAGGUACAUGUUACACCCCAAGGAUCCAGGUACAUAUUACACCCCAAGGAUCCAGGAACAUAUUACACCCCAAGGAUCCAGGUACAUACCACACCCCAAGGAUCCAGGUACAUGUUACACCCCAAGGAUCCAGGUACAUACCACACCCCAAGGAUCCAGGUACAUGUUACACCCCAAGGAUCCAGGUACAUGUUACACCCCAAGGACCCAGGUACAUGUUACACCCGAAGGAUCCAGGUACAUAUUACACCCCAAGGACCCAGGUACAUACCACACCCCAAGGAUCCAGGUACAUACCACACCCCAAGGAUCCAGGUACAUACCACACCCCAAGGAUCCAGGUACAUGUUACACCCCAAGGACCCAGGUACAUAUUACACCCCAAGGAUCCAGGUACAUGUUACACCCCAAGGAUCCAGGUACAUAUUACACCCCAAGGACCCAGGUACAUACCACACCCCAAGGAUCCAGGUACAUGUUACACCCCAAGGACCCAGGUACAUGUUACACCCCAAGGAUCCAGGUACAUGUUACACCCCAAGGAUCCAGGUACAUGUUACACCCCAAGGAUCCAGGUACAUGUUACACCCCAAGGAUCCAGGUACAUGUUACACCCCAAGAAACCAGGUACAUGUUACACCCCAAGGAUCCAGGUACAUGUUACACCCCAAGGAUCCAGGUACAUGUUACACCCCAAGGAUCCAGGUACAUGUUACACCCCAAGGAUCCAGGUACAUAUUACACCCCAAGGAUCCAGGAACAUAUUACACCCCAAGGAUCCAGGUACAUGUUACACCCCAAGGAUCCAGGUACAUGUUACACCCGAAGGAUCCAGGUACAUAUUACACCCCAAGGAUCCAGGUACAUGUUACACCCCAAGGAUCCAGUGUUCAAUUACGUUUUUAGUAAAUGUGAAGAUGGCAUAUUCUGAGAGCAUUUCUAGACAACGCACAGUGAUUUCUUGUUGCAAAGUUUUUUGGGUUUUUAAUUUUUUAUUCUUGGUAUUUUUUUGGGGAGUACAAACUUUAAUUGUCCUAUCUUUUAGGGUAUCAAACUGGUCCUAUUAGGGUAACAACUGCUAUCAGAUAUUCUUUUGAUUUGGGUAUCCCUUAGUGGGUCUUGCUUUACCUUUUUCUUUAACACCUAACUUGUUUUACAGUCAACGGAGUGCUUAAUUCUUUUCCCUUUAUUGUCAGUAACUACAACAAUGCAUCUCUAAAAAAACAUCCAAUGUGCUAAUAGGCAUAGCAAGAAUUUUGACCACAUGUUGAAUCUGUUAUAAAACCUGAGUCUUGGACUGUUUUUUCUUUUUCGUUCUACUUUAUAGCCACUAAUUUUACACAAACUAAAAAGUGGGAGAAUGGAUUUACAAA